ACAUUUCCCUUCACAAACCAUCUCUUUUUUUUUCUUUUUUUUUGGUGGUAACAUUCCCAAACCAUCUCUGUCCCUCGGCCGAUGCGAUUUCAGCUGUCCGAUGGGGUGCGGUGGCUCGCGGCUAAAUGCUGAACGUGAAGCCAUCCCGGCCAAAGUCCGGCCCUUGCUCCGCCGGAGGAUAGAGGAAAUUCGAAGGCGGAGACAUUCCAACGGAGGAAAAGACACGACUCCUUGCGGGACAGAGUUGUUGCUUAGUCGUGAUGGUAAGGCAAGAGAUGAUGAAGAUGAGAUUGAAAAUAGCAUGGUGAGUUGCGUGACGUCGGAGGACUCGAAGGGGUCCACGGCCAAAAGUACAGAAGCACGGGAUCCACAGAGAGAGGAAAGCCCGAAAGAGAAUAGCAAGGAGGGGGGGAAAGAGGAAAAGGCAGCGAAGGGAAAUGUCGAGGCAGGAAGCCAAAAUGAUGCCAAGGAGGAGGAUGGAAGUCAUGGUAAUAAAGAAGAUGAUGAAGGUUUGCAAGGUGACGAGAGCAGCAUAUUGUUUCCGGGUUCGCCGAGUUUCAGAAUCUAUUUCACGGAUAAUUUGGAUGAGGAUGACGACGAUGAUGACAAUGACAAUGAUGGUGGUAAGAAAGACAUUGGCGGAAACGAAAAGACUAUUAGGGAUCACGAAACGCCACCGGAGAAGGAUUUGCAGGAUUCUGAUCCUAAGAAACUGAAGAAAGGGAGGAAGAGGAGCAGUUUCAGAAAGGUUAUGCCAAAGGGAGGGCAAAAUGCUAUGAAGAACCUGUUCAAUGUCAGGUCAUGCUACACUCCGUCUUGCUCUUCCCACGAUCGUGCUCAUCUUCUUACAGAAAAGACACCGGCUUGAUUGAUUGAAGUGAGAAAAAAGAAGAUAGCUUACACUAGUUCGUGGAUUUCCUAGUCUUUCUGUAUCAGCCAAUACUGUGUCUAUAUAUCAGUCAGGGACAAAGAUGUAACUAAUGAGGGACAACGAUGUAAUCGAUUUAUAUUCUACAAUGUUUAGGGGUGUAAAUGCUUAAGAAAAUAUACGUCUUCAAUCAAUUUUGGCAUCAUGGACGAAUCUGCCAUUGUUAAGUGAGUUAUUUAUCUGCUAA